CGACUGACGGGCCCUCCAGACUGUAAGGAUUCCAUGGGUGCAGAAUUCUGAGGUAUGGAGGGAUCUCCGUUUAUUCAAAGACAGCAGUGCUCGCCUCCUGAGCUCGAGGCUUAGCAAGCCUGGUUGCAUCCAUACGGUUUCAUCAUUGUCUUGGUAGCUUGGUACAUUUUUUUGGCUUUCGUUGCCUUGGGGCCUCCUCUUGAAGGACACCAUGUAUCUCCAUCCCCAAUCUAUCUCAGGUGGCGGCAUCAGAGGGUGAGCCAGGAUCCUAUCAGUUGACUCAGAGUCAGGACCCGACAGUCGAUAUCCAGCAUUGGAAGAAGUCCAGGACCCGUGUAGCGUGACCAUCUCCAUCUCAGAGGUGUCGGACACAGUAGUGAUGGCGGCGGGAAAGGAGCACAUUGCCAGGACCCUGGGAACAAUGAUGGAUGGCAGCGACUGGAGCAGCACUAAAAUAAUGGAUGAAGACAAACUGAUUGAAGAAGCAGUUGAAGCUGAAUUAAGACAAAUCAACAUUUCCCCAUCAGAAAUCGAUGAACUGGAGGGACAACCUGAAGAAGAGAUUCUUGUUGAAUCAGAUUAUGACUCAGAUGAAUUACCCAAAUCUGUCCUUGACUACCUGGAGCAUAUUAAACAAAGAACUGAAAAUGUUGAAAAGUUGAUUCUCCAGGACCUGGAGCAACCUGAGUAUGUUGUUUAUCCUGAACGCAGUUACUCUGAAACAGAAAUGUUGAUGGAAUUAGCUGCUGAGUUUGGGGAGGAUCAUUUGAAGCUGAAAGAGAAGAUACUGGCCCAAAUUGAAGAAGAAGAAAAGCAAAGGAUACAGCCUCAUGUAGAACCUCAACAGAAUACGAGUCCCAGUAUUCAGGUAGAGACAGCCAAUCAGUGUGUGGAGAAUGAGACAAUGUCAGAUAAUGAAGAGACCAUAGCUCGUGAGUGCAAAGAGGUAGAGGAACGUUGUCAGCUGUCGCUGCAGCAAUGGGAAAUAGAACAAGAAAUAUUACAGAAAACAAAGCUGGCAGAGCUCAUGGAAUGGAAGAAACGAGAGAAGGAGCUGGCAGUGGAGGAAGAGGAAAGAGCCAAGAGUAGACAGCAACAGUUUGAAGAAAAACUAGAGAAACUGGCACAGGAAAGGCAGCAACAACAGGCUCAGCUGGAAAAGAAAAUCAGAGAAGCACAAGAUGCUUGGGAACGAGAGUUGAAGGAACACGAGGCAUUAAUACAAGCAAUGCAAGUUAAGAUGAAUGAAGAGCGAAGAAUCUUUGAAGAACAGCAAAAUAAAGAGAGAAUACGACUGAAAGAGCUUCGAAACAGAACAUCAACAACAAUUCAGGCAAAAUUUCGGGCAUAUUUAGUGAGAAAAAGGUAUACACCAAUACUGAAGGAAAGGUGUGAUGAAAUGAAGAGAAAGAAAGACCUGGAGUUAAGGAUGGCACACGAGAAAAGAGAAUUUGAAGAAAAAAUCAAAAGAAAAUUAGAACAGAAACAGAGAGAAGAGAAAGAUGGAAGGAAGCAGAAGGAAGUUGAACAGUUACAAAGGGAAGAACAGAAAAAAAGACAGAUUGAAUAUGAGAAGAAAAAGGAACAGGAACGACAAAGAUUAGAGAAGGAGAGACAGCAAAAGUUGGAGAAACUCCAAAAAUUGCGAGAAGAUGAAAAAAGAAAAGAGCUGCAGAGAAAGAAAAAGGAAGAAAGCCAAAAAGAUAUAGAGCAUAAAAAGGAAGAUGAAAGCAAGUUCUUAGAAAAAGAAAAUGAAAAGAUGGUGUUAAGCCAGACAGAUGACAAAGAAAUUGAGAAGGAACGUAAGCCACAGCUAGUUGAAGAAAAACGUUUGAAUUCCAACAUGAAUAAGGAAACUAAACAUGGUGAUAACUGUUCAGAAACUGUGAGUAUUCCUCUGAUUGAAAGCAUAGAACUCCUUCAGAAUAUAAAGGAAAAUAGUACUCUGGUACGUGACAGUCAAGAUGUCAGCCAAUGUAUAGUUGCAGUGACUACAGACACAAACCUCAAAGAGAAGCCUCCAGCUGAAGAAAUAGUAGAAAGUACUGCAAAGAAUAUAUUUGCAGUAGAAUGCAACAACCCAAUGCCUAAAGACUGUAGCUUUCUGCAAAAAGGCAGUACAAGUGCAGUUAUUGAUAGGGAUCCCGGUCAGCUAUCAGAUGAAGGAAAACCUGUAUUAAAUAAAAGUAGUGACAGCUUACAUAAGGAAGAUCAGUUUGAUACUUAUAAAGUAACUUCAAAUAUGGAUCACCAUUUCAAGGAGAGCUUCUUAGUCACUGGACUCAUACUACCUCACCAUGUUGAGCAGAAGAGACUAAAUUGGAUGAAAAUGUGUACACCUUGGUCCAAAAUUCGCAGACAAAACCAGUUGAAGACAGUAAAGCAAUGUGUCAGACUUCAGAAUACUCCUGUCAACCAACUGCCUCCUCUGAGUCCUGAAGUGAUACUACAGUCAGGAGUUUGGACUUCGCUUCAGCAGGUUAGAACGGUCACUCUUCAAGAUUUACCUGGCUUCAGCCUAUUCACAUUUUCACAAUGCCUUCAUCUCAAGUCACUAACACUUCGAAACUGUGGAUUAGAGACAUUGGAGGGUAUCAAUAAUUGCAAAGGUUUAAAGUACGUUGAUAUGCAGGAAAAUAAGAUCAAGACUGUCCACUGUCUCGACUUAGAAAAUCUGUGUACUCUUCUGCUCUGCCACAAUCAGAUAACAUCUAUGUAUGGUCUGGAGAACUGCAGCAACCUCCAAGUCCUUGAAUUAUCACACAAUAACAUUACUAGGAUCGGUGGUCUGGAAUCACUCAAAAAGCUUCAGAGGCUUGUUGUGGAUAAUAAUGAGUUAAUAAGCACCAAAGGGUUAAGUGAAACUCCUACCCUUCUCUACCUUGAUUGUUCCUGUAACUACCUCGACAGCAUAGAAGGCAUUGAUAACUGUGGGCUUCUUCAAACCUUGAAGUUACAAAACAACAAUCUGUCUGAGCUUCCCAGGUUUGGAAAUCAUGUGUUACUGCGCGAGUUAUAUCUGGAUGAUAACAGCAUUUCCUCUCUCAAGAUGAUGUCUGAAUACUGGUUACCAAUGCUUCAACAUCUCUCUGUUUCCCAGAACAGUCUGACAGAUCUUACAACCAUGUCUGACUUUCUUUCAUUGAAAAGGCUUGAUGUUAGCAAUAAUCGCUUAUCAGAUCUCAAAAGCUUCCUUUUAAGCCUGAGUGGAUGUGAUAGUCUGCUGGAAUUGUUACUACAUGGGAAUCCACUUCAGCAAGAGUCAGGCUGGCGAUAUUCAAUCCUAAAAAUGUUAUCAAGUCUGAAGAUACUAGAUGGUGAAAGGAUUAGUUCUACUGAUGAGUUUUGUGCCAAAAGGCAGAGCAGACCUUCACCGGGGAGUUUUCUGGCACUGUGUCAGACUCAGCUUCAAGACUCUGAAUUAUUACUCAAGAGACAUGAAACUGAACUAGAAUUGGACUCUUUGGACAUUAUAGAAACACGCUGUCAACACUGUGAAGAACUGAUGCAGCUGGCUGAAGAAUGUAGAUAUGCCCAUGAGUAUGGAGAAUUAUGCCUCGCUGAACAGAAAAAACAUCCUAAUAGUCUUCAUGAGGAAGAACUCAAUGCUGAAAAGCUAUGUAAUAAGCUGACCAUCAAUCAUACGAACGAAAAUAGCCAGAAUGCUGACAGAAAAGUUGUUUCUGACCCAGUUCAGACUGCUGUUACCCACGCUUCUGAAAAGAUCAAGCAAAGUGAUCAUUCACAUCUUGCUUGUCAGCUUUCUGAGCAUGGUGACCCCAGACUCCUUGUAAACCAGGAGGGAAGUACUCUGCAGAAUUUCCAAACAACCAAAAGUCCAGUAUAUUCUAAAUAUAACAAAAUAGAGUCACAACCACAGAAUAAAGAGCAUUUGAUCGAUAAGCAUCAACACUGUACUUCAGAAGACAACUUAGAAAACCAUGCAGCCAUUGUCUUACAGUCCCGCUGGCGAGGAUAUAUUAUACGCAAAGAAAUUCAAAUGUGCAUGAUACUUCAUAAUGCUGCUUCAGUGAUACAGGCUGCAUGGAGAGAUUACCGCAAACGGAUGAAAGUUGCCUUCCGGAAAACUACUCAAGCUCCGUCUAGAAAAUGCAAGAUAUUUAUUGGAAGUCAAGAGAUCAGACAUAAAGCUGUCACCAUUAUUCAGGCACAUUGGCGAGGCUGUCUCCUACGAAAGAAGUUGUCUCACGCUUUAGCAGCUGUUCAAACUGAGGAAGACGAUGUCUUUGAAGAAGUUGAUUUGAGUGAAUUUACAUUUGAUGAGACCACUUUGGACAAAAACUGGAUAACCUCAGAGCCUGAAAGUUCUCCACAGGCUUUCUCAACUGAAAACCAUUAUCGGCAACUAAAGGCUCCUCUUCAUAAAACCACUGAUUUAUUUGGUUUGCCAAGGCAUCGGCAGCAAGCAUGGCAGGACGAUGAUAUCAAUAGUGUUGAAAAGUUUGGAUCGCCGUCCCUUUCACCAGCAACUACAAGUGUUCUGCAAACUCCCAGAACUAUGUCAAGAUUUUCUGAGGCUACAUCUUGCAGCAAGCAAUGCUUCAAGUCAGAGAAAGAAGAACAGAUCUCUCUGGAAUGGGGCUUUAAGAAUGCUCAUACUGCACAGCUAAUGUUGAAACGAGCUCAGAAAAUGAAAUCCAAGAAAGCAGACGCUAAAAAAUUGCUGGAUCCAGUUGUGCGACUGGCCUUGUUCAAGAACAAGAAAAGUAAAUAUUCCCCUGUGAAGCCAAAGAGGAAGGCAUGUGAUCGUGUGGAAUGUUUUAGAGCACCGGAAGAACUGACUCAUCAAGAUACAACCUCAGCAGAGGUGCUACAAAAAAGCAGAGAGCUAACCUAUGAAUGGCUUCACACUCAGGUGGUGAAUGAUGAGCAAACCAAUUACAGAAUUAUGAAAAAUCAUCACUUCCUGCCAGAGCUGGAUGCAGAUGUACUGAAUGGUGGCCGGGUUCAACUCAUGGCAAAUCAUGUAGGUAGAGAAUGCUCCGAUUUAGACAUUGUCUCCGUAUCCAGUGGUAGUACUAUAAAUCAACCAAGUGAUGAAUUUAAUAAUAGUCACUGGCCCUCAUCAAGCUCUACAAAAGCCUCUGUAUCAUUGAAAUCCGGUGCCAAACCUUUGAAGCAAGAGCGCAUAUCUUUCCGAAACAACCAAGUACGGCUCAGCACAGGGUGGGGAAGUGGCAAAAGACGAGGAAAAACGUUGUAACCAUUUUCUGCCUUAAGGCAGAGACAGUAAAAGGUCAUAGACGUGCUCGUAAUGCAAAGUCCGUGUCAUUAAAAUUUAAAAAUCUCAACAUUUUUCUUUUGUUACUUAGAAUUUUAAAUCCCGUGUAUUAAUGUGGCCAUUUUACUUGUAGGAAAAUUGUUUGACUGACCUGUUGAAAAUAAUGGUUUGCGAUAUAAAUUGCAUCAGUGACUUAAGUGUUCUCUCUCCUUUCCUUUAGACUCAAUUGAUUACUGUAAAAUUGCUGACUCUGCUGGUGAUUUUCACAAAUAUAA